GCACUCAUUAGAACACAGAUAUCCCAUAGUUCACUUUUCUCAAUAGUAUUCAAUACAACUGAUACGUGUUGGCCGUGCUUUUUAACAUGCUGUUUGUUUUCGCCGCCCUAUUUGUUGCGGCAACUGCUCUCGAAGACCUCAUGCCUGUCAUAAUCCAAGGACCAGCCAAUUUUACCAACGGAGUCGGAGAAACUGCUAAUUUUGUCUGCAAGGGUGAAGGCAGCCCCACUCCCAAUGUUAUGAUUGUCAAAGAGGACACCAUAACUGACUUCAAUAUGUUCAACGCUGGAGGAAAUCGUCGAAGGUCUUUGGAUAGCAAGGUGAGCGUCGAGAGGACUAUCAAGAAUUUGGCUCAUACUGAUCAAGGAUGGUACGUCUGCAUCGUAUCCAAUAAACACGGAGUAGCAUUCAGCAGAGCCUACAUGGAAGUGAAGGAAGAUCUGUGCAGAGGAGUGAGGUGCCCUAAAAGGAAGUUCUGUUCUCCCAACUACCAGACUCUCACCACGGAGUGCCAGUGUAAACCUUGUGUGGACCCAACUUACAAACCUAUCUGCGCCACAGAUUGUCAGACUUACUACAACGGCUGCCACAUGAGGACCCACAGUUGCGAGAAUAACAUUCCCCUCAUAUUUGUUAACGAAGGAGAGUGCAAGGUCGAUCCCCUCGAACUGGUUGUGCCUGCUACCAAGAUUGAGCUCAACGAAGGAGAAAGCCUGUCUCUGACUGUCUCCUACGCUGGUAGCCCCAUGCCUACUUCUCUUAAAUGGGUGAAGAUGAGGAAGAAUAACAAGCAAAAGAUGGCCAGUGAAGACAGCGAACACUUCGUACAAAGUGUCACUGAGAGAGAUGGUGGAGUCUACAAAGCUAUUGCCAUGCAGUGUAGCAAGAAGGUUGUCUCCAAAGAUGUCGAAGUUGUUGUUAUUCCCAAAGAAAUCAACAACUUCGUUGAUAACCCCAAAGCAAAGGUCUGCAAAGUUUUCGGAGAUCCCCACGUUCAAACUUUUGAUGGAAAGGUAUAUGAUUUCAUGGGAGUUUGCGACUACGUCUUAGCGAUGGACGCCAAUCGAUACGAGUGGAUGAUUGUUGGUCGAUUCAUGCCAUGCGGAAACGGAGUAACAUGUCUGGAGCAGGUUGUAAUUCACCACGACAGGAGCAAGGCACCCCUGAUUAUUACCAGAGGUUGGAUAGUCGCACAGAACGGAGAGAAGUUCCGUCUCAAGAAGAACACGCCAGCGGAAAUAGACGACAUGAUUGUAACCUACACCGGACUAACGAUAGAGCUGAGUAUGCUGAACGGAGUAAAAGUCCAGUUUGACGGAUUUUGGGGAGUUCAAAUCAUUACCAGUCCUGGAGUGAACACUAUGGGAAUUUGUGGUAACAACAACGGAGAGCCUGGAGAUGACCUGUACAGAGGCAGGUUCGGAAUGACCGGAGAUGAUAGCAACAAGUUUGGAACAAGCUGGGGCUACAGAUACGACUGGUGUGGAAUUGAGGAACCUGUUGGACAGGUGACAUGCGAUAACCAAGCAGAGGUAGAGGAGGAGUGCGAUAAUAUGCUGGAGUCGGACGCUUUCUCGGAAUGUGCUUCUGUUAUCGGCACCAAAUUCUACAGAGACUCGUGCAUCGUGGACGGAUGUGCUGCCAAGGUGGCACGAUACGAGGGACGUUCUACUUGUGCUUUCGCAAACUCAAUAGCUCAACACUGUCAGAUUGCUGGAUACAAAGUCCCGAGGAACUUCCUCCAGCAGAUUGGUUGUGGAACUAAACGAGAGUUCCAGGCAGCUGUCUAUAAUUCAGGAUGUCCACUCCAGGGUGAUCCUCCUUACCUUGAUGCCUAAUAGACUAUUCCAAUUCUUAGACGCUGACCCUGUGAGUUUAGGCACCUAAGUUCCGGCUAACAGACUGAAUUAGCCAUCCACCGAACUGUCAAGAUGAGCGGUGACUUUGCGAACACAAAGUUUCUCAGAGCGAUGAUUUUCAUCCUUUAUUUAGGAAAUUUUUGAUAAAGACUAUAUAAUGAUGACCUGCAAGAAUUUUUCAUUUCUGCGCAGGAUGAUAGGGGAUUUUUAAUGAAAAAUAUUGAUGACCUGCAAUAUAAUAGGUUCAUUUCUGUUUAUUGCACAGGAUUGAAGAAUGCAAAUUUAUGAAAUGCUUUAUGAAAUACUUUAUAAAAAACAGUUUAUUUUAUACACUUUUUACCGCAAUAUGUUAUUUGAAAAUAUCGUUAUAACGUAAAUACUGAAAAAUAGAAUUUUAUAUAUUAAACAUCCUCAUUUUAUAAAGCCUUCCGUUUUUUAUAUUUGAUGUGUGACUUUGUAACAUUGUUGUGUUUUGUUAUUUAAUUAUUGUUUUUCCAAAUUCUUAUAA